UUCCGAGGUUGGUUGGACCAGAGAGAUAUGCACAUCGUUCUCGCUUCUUAGAUAGAGUUGUUUCUUCUCGGAUCCUGGAAGCAGCGAAAUUACUGCCAUGUCUGCUCGGUCUUUAUCAGAGUCCCCUCCAUCUGUAUGCUUUGGUAUUAUAUGAUUGCCCCCUCACCUCCAAAGUCUUCUGCUUUUCUUCUCAGGUACACAUUCAAUCCAACCCUUGAAUCAAAUUCGAUUCAGGGUUUUUUAGGUUGACCUCUACCUUCUUCCUCCCUCUGGUCUGUAUUCUCUUUGUGGGUUUCAGCUGUAGUUCGUAAAUAUUGAACCUUUUCUUCUUUGGGUCCUAGAUCUAGGGUUUUUUUGUAUGCACCGUUGAGACGAGAGAUUUGUGGGUUAAGAGAGAGAUUUCUGGGGAGUUCUGUGAGUUAAGGGUCAGAUGCAGAAUGAGGGCUCCCAUGGAAGCUCAGGCCCUGCUGCUAAAUUUCCGGCUCCUGAUCAGGACAACGCUCCUGCCAAGGUGAGAGACUCGAUACGCGAGUCGGCAAGUGAAGUGAAUAAUUCCACACCCGCCCUGACAAUCGUGGUCUGCAAUGGAGAUUCGAGUCUGAGGCUCGAACAGAUGGGAGCUGCUCAAAUAACCCUCCAAUCUGGGAAAGAAGAUUCCCCCAAGAAGGGUUAUUUGUCCAGAAAUUCCAGUUCUCAUGAACAAUGCAGGGUUUGCCAGCAGGAGAAAGAAGAGGCAUUAAUCGAGCUGGGAUGCCAGUGUCGUGGAGGGCUUGCCAAAGCGCAUAGGUCGUGCAUAGAUGCUUGGUUUCGGACAAAAGGCUCGAAUCAAUGCGAGAUUUGCCAAGUGGUGGCUGCCAAUGUAUCACCUCCCGAGACUCAGCCAACUACAAAUUACUGGGUUUGGAGGAUUGAUCCCAGCUAUAGACAGGAACAGCGAGAAAGAGGAUGUUUCAGUCCGCUAUGGGUAGCGUUCUCGAUUCUGAUAGGCGGUCUAAUGUUAGACGUGCUGAUAUCGAUCACGCUUGGUGUAUCUGCACUCCCGGUUAACAUAAUUAUCGGAGUGAUAGUGGUGCUGGGGCUGGGGACAGCACUGAGGCUGACGUUGGAGUUCUGCUACGAGUGGAGCUUGAGAAGGGCGGUUCACAGGGCGGUCCAGCGGGCGGAAGCUAGCUUUAACAAUAUCACUUAUCCUCCUGCCUUGUAGGAACCAACUGUUCUGUUAUGUACAUAGUUAGACGCAGGUGUUGCAACCGCUGUUGUUUGGAACAUGAGUGACUGCAUUCUACACUUGUUUGUUUGAGAAUUGAGACCUAAACUGGGACUGUCAGCCCAUCUUCUCUUGAAUGUUGGCAGGCAGGUUCUGAUAAGUGCAGUUCCUCUGUGUGUUCUGAUGGUGAUGA